ACACCGGAGGAUCCUGUGAAUUCUCUCAACAAAGAGUGCUAGUAAUUUUUGCUCAACGACAUUGGUUGCUGGAGAGAACGUGACUUUGAUAAUGGCUUCUUGCCUACUGAUCCUAGCAUCCACCCUGUGGGUGUUUUGUUUAUUGCAAUCGCUGGAUCGUGGUGCUAGGUAUGUCAAUGCAAAUGUAAACGGACCGUUAGUAGAAGUCAAAGCAGAUCCUACACAACCUGGGUCUAUACCCCGUAUGCUACUUGGUGAAGGUCUUAUUUCUUCAUGGUCCGAAUUGCACGUUGGAAAGGUGGUCAUGUUCAGGGAGAAUGUUCGAAGUAAGUUCACACGACAUCUUAUGAUUAUCUAUAGGAUAGUCGAACAAGAAACGGUCUAUUGCAACGUUGCCGUGUUCGAUACGAGCUUCAUUGGAGGUCAAACCUGGCAGGUGUUGGAGCGUGAGAUUGACUUGAACAAAGAACUGGGAGAAGAGUGCUGCUGUUUCAAAGCUUUGCCAAGUGUGACUGUAUCGCCAUGCAAGAAUCAGGUGAUCCUACACGGAUUUGGGCCUGGCGAAUGUGGCAACUUGGUGUUGCUUUAUGGCAACAGGCAAACCAGAGUUAUCAGAGCACAAAAAAGAACUCAGAGUCCUCGGGUGGGUGAAACCGGGUCGUCUCUCGUCGCCGUUCCAGUUGCCUUGAGUACUUGCCCUGAAAAUGCAUCAAAUUCCUUAUUCUUCCUCUAUUCAUUCGGAGGUUGUAUUUGGUGGAACGAUGAAUAUUGUCAUACCUCAAGCAAUGUUCUAUCUCGUCUCAAUGUUCAAGAACCUGAUGUUGGGUAUUGGCAGACUAUAAAACCAAGCGAUAUGGUGACUCCCCAACCUCGCCAGUUUGCCAGGCUUUUUGUUGAUGAUGAUGCAAUUCUGUUGUUUGUAGGUGGGUGGAAAGUGCUUGAAGGAUUCACGGACACGGUCACUUUGGAUAUUUGGAAAUUCGACACCUUAUCUCUGACAUGGAUGGAGGUGAAAAAUACCUUUCAAGGCCCCAUGGAUCUUCUCAACUCAUCGUUUGAUGCAUCUUAUCUUGUUCUCCAGAAGACCCUGAUUAUAAAUCCAACUACGAGACUAUUAAAAGGCAAUGAUUUCUUUAGCGUAGGGAUGAUAGUUUGCAAUGUUCGAGAAUCCCCUGCAAACUGUGAAAAUGCCGUCGUGACUUCGACGAAGGAGUUUCCUGCGCUCUUCCUGCUCACUGAUGUCAUUUCUGGAGAGAAAUUAUUCUUCAUCGUAGGACACUCCGGGAAAUCUGUGAUGAGGGUGAUUGUAUACUCGAUAUGCGAUGGAAUAACGGAAUCGAAAUAUCGCCUGGAAACACAGAUGAUGACCACUACAUUAUCAUUCGCUGGUGUCAGCAUGAGCACCAGACGGCUUGCAGCCAGCAUCCUCCUUGCACCCCGGACCCAGGACACACGUGUGCAGGAAGCACUAUUCUUUGGUUCUAGCAUCAGCUUGCUUGCGGAGAGUGACACUAUUCGCAACUUUCUUGAAAGUCCUAUGUUCACAAUGCCUGUGUGGAUACUACGCUGUACUCGAACAGAGUCCUUCUAUUCUCCACAAUUCAAAUACAUGUACACCAUUCUCUACCCAUCACCUGGACCACGCCAUCCUCGUCGCCAUUUUCACACCGUGACCUUGGUAACAAACAAAACUGCAAUCUUGUAUGGAGGGUUUCGAUCUAAAAUUGCAGAAGAUGCUGACCCAAAACCUUGGUGCUUCAAUGUACACGAACACUUUUGGGUGGAGGCGAACAUCACAUCUGGCAAAGUACCAUCCCCACGAAGACAGCAUGUAUCGUUCAGGCAUAAUAGAUCUGCGAUGGUGAUCCAUGGUGGAAGGGGCAAAAUUUCCAGCCAUGCCCUUGGAGAUUUGUGGAUGUUCGUGAUUACAGACGAAGACCAGUGCAAAGGUGGUUGGUAUGAUCUCACAGGCUACGUCAAGAAAGGACAUCUACCAAUCCAGUAUGGUCAUUCAGUAACACCAACUGAUCAUGGAGUGUUGCUGUUUGGGGGCAAGAUACCAUCCGAUUCCAAACUGGUACUUGUUGAAAUCCGUCCAACAUCCGAAAUAACAAUUCGUGAUAUACCGAUACUUCCUGAGAUACCAAACCGCUAUAGCCACAGCCUGUCAUUUGUAAACAGUGACUUAAUCAUGAUUGGAGGUCGUCAAACUGGCGGAACGAUUCGUGGCGUUCCAAAUACUUGGUCACUACUAAUUGCCAUCAGAAGCAAUGGAUCUCAUGAGGUGGCUACGUGGAAUAAGUUCUUCAAAAUGAGAAUCUGGAAUCACUUUGUUCUUGGUGAUAUGGUAAUUGGUGGAAGUGGACAACAAGCAGCUGGUUGGGAAUCCAAAUUUCACCUUCUCAACACCUAUAAUAUGUGCCCCAUCGGCCUUGAACGGGGCGAAAAGUCACAAUGUCAACCAUGCCCUAUCGGAAAGUAUUCUCCAUCUCUUGCACAGCAGUGUAUCAAAUGCAACCAGUCCUUAACAACCGUUGGAGAGGCCGCAUCUCACUGUGUUCCUGAGGGACCAUGUAAAGACAACACUUGUAAUAGACAUGGAGAAUGCCUGGUCAACAAGGCAGACUUCAAACACAUCUGUGUGUGUCGUUUCGGAUAUUUACCCAGCGAUGACUGCAAUGCACCAGCAGUGUACCUGAUCUUGAUGGCUUCUCUCGUUUUUGCCACCACUCUUACCACCCUCGUCAUAGCUCUCAUUCAGUUCCUGAGAAAGAGAAGGGCUCUGAAUGCAAAGGAAAUUGAACUCGUCAAUACCAAUCGUGACCUCUACCGCUCCAACAGAAAGCUCAGUCAAAUCAACCAUGGCACGUGUAUUGCCUGGUCUGAUCUGAAGAUUCAGAGACAACUUUCCGAGGGAAGGUUUUGUAAAGUGUUACUUGCUGAGUUGGGAGAUAUGGCAGUUGUUGUUAAGCGACUUCCACCGUUUGUAUCAACUGCAUCGCCGUACGACUCCUUCAUUCAAGAAGCGGAAGUUCUACGAACAUUAAGCCACCCAAAUAUAGUUCUAUUCCUGGGAGCUGGAAAGGAUUCUCAAUCCAGGUGUCCAUUUCUUGUGAUGGAAUACUUGAUGCGAGGUUCUCUCUGCGAUGUUCUCCAUGAUCCGUCCAACAAGAUUGACCACCCAGAUCGACUGCGAUUCACCCUGGAUGCUGCAAGAGGUGUGAGGUAUCUACACAACAGAGAUCCACCUAUGAUCCACCGUGACAUCAAGUCAGCCAACAUGCUGGUCAGUGACAAAUGGGUGGUGAAGAUCGGCGAUAUGGAAACAGCACGAUUCCUUGCCAUACUUCAUCUCGACGGUAUUGGGUCAAAAGAGAGGGAAGCAGGAUUCAUGCAGACAAGAGAUAAUUCUACACGCACAGUAUCAGAUACAACACACCCUGAUCAACUAACAACUCCAUUAUUGGGUGCUACCAGUGUCACAUCUGAUGUGGAUCACAUUGGUGGCGACAGAGCUACAAGAGCACCCGAGGGCAUGACGUCACGUAUUGGAAUGACGUGUGGAGUUGGUACAGAUCGCUGGCGAUCACCAGAAUCCAUCAAGAAGAAUCUGUACACGGAGAAACACGAUGUCUACAGCUUUGGCGUGGUUAUGUGGGAACUCUCAACUCGACAGAUACCUUAUGCACGCCUCAGCAACUCUGACGAUAUCCUGGAUGAAAUUGCAGGUGGUACGAAGCCCAUCUUUCCACCAAACAUACCCUAUGGGUAUCGUCACAUCGCUGAGCAGUGUAUCAAGACAGAUCUACAGGAGAGACCUUCAAUGCAGCGCAUUGUCCAAGAGUUGCUGUCACAAACGGAUGGUAACUGACGUGCCUAAUCACCUUGAUCUUAAACUCUUCAAUAGUAUUAUUUAACUUCAUCCAAUAUCGGGAUUUUUCAAGUGAAGGAAGGGUAUACCGUCAUAUUGGUAUUGUACGAUGAUACUUAAAAACAAAUACAAAACAAAAAAUCUCUUUGUGGCGGCCUACAAAGGCAAGGUCACUAAAUCUCUGUAGAAUGCGCAUGAAAGUGACUCUUUUCCAAUUGGGUGCAGCCCUGAUCUGGUGUCAGUUUUUUCUGUCAUCUUAUUACAUGUACGUCCCAAUUCCAUCCUUUAACAAUGCAUCAUGACUUCACUACAUUUAAUUGACGAGGCUGUAUACUGUACCAUAAUUAUUAUGUAUUUCGUUAAACCUGCACAUUGCCUUUUCAUACCCCUCUCAAGCCUUAUAUGUCUACACGUAGUUGAAACCAGUAGUGAUCAUUGAUGAGAUUGCUAAGCUACAUUCCAUUUCUAUGCUUGCAAAUGUGUGUAACUUUUCCUUGACUGUAUGUUCAAUGUACACAAAGCCAGCCAUAAGGCCCAUAAUUCACCGGUAGUGGUCAGCAGUAGAUCUACUCUGCAGCCAUAGUGUCAUUGUAUCGACGAAAUCUCUAUACAUGUAUGUCACUUUCUUUU